CUGGGUCGUUACAUGUCAACAUGGCUAGACCUCCGAGGACAUCUUCUCUCCCAGAUCUUUCUCGUGACAUUACAAAGCUAGCAUUGACUAACAUCGACGAAAGAGAAUUUGUUGAGAAAUCAGAAAUUUUUAAACAGCGAUCAUAUAGCUCACAGCUUCCAUUUUCUUAUAAGUGGGUAUCGAAAUGGGAGAGGCGGACUGUCGAAGAUGUUUUUCAAAUAUAUUACAAUGACAAUUUUUGUGGGAGCCCUUCGGAUAUAAUGAACAGAAUUGGAUUUGUUGGAAACCUAUCAAAAGAGCAGAAAGAAUACAUUGAAUCUAUAAAAAGAUAUCUUCACAUUAAUGUUGGAGUUGGAGAACUGUCGGAGGUGUAUAUUGCAAAUGUACCUCAGGACAGGCUAAUUGUUGACUCAAAAUUAAAAGAAAGUUUGGAAAAUCUGGAUAAUGAAAAGGAAGAAUACAUCCGUGGUAGAGUCUAUAAAUUCCUGUGUUCUAUCACUGACCUUCUGGAUGCAUUAACAGUUUGUAACAAUAUUUCGGAUGCUUAUGAAGGACAUUAUACCACACUGUUUAGUACAUUUGCAGAAUUGUGUUGUUUAAAUGCCAAAUUAGGCAUUUUCAAAUCAGAUCAGUCAACAUGGAAAAAUUUAGGAGGUCUAGACAAAGUUAUUUCCCAACCAGAUAUUCGUUUAUUUAAAUAUGGAGUAUUUACAAAAUCUUCAAUAGAUCGUAAGAGAGUUGUGUCUGUUGUAGAGGUAAAGAAAAGUAGACAUCAAAGCGAUUUGGAUUCAUCUGAUUCUGAUGGAGAAGCAUGCAAAAGCACUAGUUCAUUUUCUUCAGGGUCAAGAAGUUCAGAUACAAGUAAAAAUGCACCCAAAAUAGAACUGUUACUGAAUAGGGCAGUUUUAGGACAGCAUGCAGGGGGACUCUUGUUAGAUCUCCACAAAUUUGUAACAAAGGACUGUGAUACAGAUCAAUAUAAAAUGCCAGGGAUGAUUGUUAAAGGCACUAUGGUAUUUGUUACUGUACUGGAAAUUUCAAGACAACAAUAUAUAAAAUUAGCCGCAAAUAAGGAACUGGAAGAUGCAGAUAAAGCUAUUAUAUACUAUUCUCGUCCAUUUAAUAUUCUCAAUGAAAGUGAUAGAAAUGUAUUAAUUGAAAGCUUUGUAAGACUAAACAAUAUGCAAUGAACAGAUUUUGGCAAGGGUCCAGUUAUGAGUUCAGCAUAGUCAAGAAAAAUAUAUGGUUCUUCUGAUUUUGUAAUAGUACAUGUAUUUUUUAUGCACCAAUCAAACCAUGGUGUAUUAUGGUAUACAGUUAGGAAUGUUGACAAAAUAUUUACAGAAUAAUAUGUACUAAAAGAAUUAUUUCAAAUUUUUUACCAGAGCUAAAGAGCUUUAAUCAAUAAAAUUUCAACAAGUACAACCAAACUCAUCAUAGCUCAAGUUUGUUGAAAUGGAAACACUUGUUAUAUCCAUGAAGAGAAACCCCCUUUUGAUUCUAAAGAUUUUUAAGUUUUUAUUUCCAGACUUAUGACUCCUUAAGGGCAUACGAUACAGUUUUGAUCCCACAGUGAUUUUUGGAGGAAAAUUUGCAUACAAGCUAAUUUUCACCUCAUCAAUUCAAAUAUGUAAUAAAAAAUAUACCUUCAUGUGCUACUAUUAGAGAUAGAUGAGGUCGAAAUUUUACACAUUUACUCAACAUUUACAUCUAUGAUAUAAAUAUUGGGUUUGUAAGUUUGACUGUACAUGUAGAAUGUUAAUGAAAAACUGAAUAUUACACCAUAAAUGUAACAUUGAUGUUAUUAAAAGAGCUCAUUCAUGCAUCUAUAAACGAUCUAUCUAGACCUAUUAACCCCUUGAACUUAUUCUUAAACGUCAUUAAUUCAACACAGUAGUUAAAUCUUUAGAUUAUUUUUGUCUCGCCUUGACAGAGUCAAAAAGUGAGACAUAGGUAUGCUGAUUCCGACGUCGGCGACGGCG